AUAAACUGUCAAGAGCGCCAUUGGUGAAGUUAACCCUAAGUGACAUUGUUAUUUUUAUUUUGGAUGCAUAAAGUAAAUCGUAUUGGAAUUCAUUUAAUCAUUCCUCGUGUGAUCGUUCCAUUGCGUCUUUUGUGUGCUGACUCACCUGUUAACCGGAAAAGGCUAAAUAAAUUGAAAUAAGGAAUUAUAACUGUCGAACUCUCGCUUAAAAAUAUUAUUUAAAUAAUUUAUUUUUUGUUUCCUACUUGUUUGUUUUCUUUGUUUUUUAAAGUUUCGUUUCUAUCACUCAAAGUUAAAAGUGUCAGAGACUUAAAUAAAAUUUUAGUGAUUUAGAUUUUUUGUAUUGUGGCCGUGCUUCUUCAAAUUUAAUAAAUAAAGGAAAAUCGAAGACUUUACAAAAUUGCAGUGAUAUAAAAAUUGAAUAGUAUGGGAGAACAACCAGCAUGGGGAGUAAAAAUAUCGAAUUAUUUCAUACUACCCCAGCGGGUAAUUUUAUCUCUUAUGGGCUUCAUGGCAAUUCUAAAUGCAUAUACGAUGCGAAUUUCUCUCUCAGUAGCCAUCACCCAAUUGGUUGUUGCCAAAAAUCACACAGGUUCCGGUCAUAGUGAGGGUGUUUGUAUGCGUGAGCCAGUUAAACCAGGCGAAGAAGUCGUUCCUCAUGGUGGUGAAUAUACUUGGUCAGAAGAACAUCAGGGAUUAAUUUUGUCCUCAUUCUACUGGGGUUAUAUAAUAACUCAUAUUCCCGGUGGAAUAUUGGCUGAAAAAUUCGGUGGAAAAUGGACUCUUUGUUUGGGAAUUCUAUCGACAGCUAUUUUCACUUUACUCACUCCAUUGGCUAUACGUAUGGGAGGAUCAUAUGCUUUAAUUGUUGUUCGUGUUAUAAUGGGUAUGGGUGAAGGAACUACAUUCCCGGCCUUGAGUGUACUCAUUGCAUCAUGGGUGCCACUAAAAGAGAGAAGCAAAUUGGGAGCUUUAGUGUUGGGUGGUGGACAAGUUGGUACCAUUUUGGGUAAUUCGAUAUCUGGAUUGUUGUUGGACGCAUAUGUAUGGGAUUAUACAUUCUACUUCUUUGGUGGAAUGGCAGUUAUUUGGUUCUUAGUUUUUACUGUUCUUUGCUACAGUGACCCUGGAUCUCAUCCUUUCAUCAAGCAAUCCGAAAAGGAAUAUCUCAUCCGAGAAAUGGGUUCAAUUGAUCGUAAAACUGACCUACCACCUACACCAUGGAAGAAAAUAAUUACCAAUGCUCCAAUGCUUGCAUUGAUCUCCGCACAAAUUGGUCACGAUUGGGGCUUCUACAUUAUGGUCACCGAUUUGCCAAAGUACAUGAAUGAUGUCAUGCAGUUUUCUAUUAAACAUAACGGAAUCUACUCGUCUCUGCCAUAUCUGAUGAUGUGGAUUGUAUCGCUUCUUUCUGGAGUAUUUGCGGAUUGGUUUAUAACGAACGACAUCAUUGGCAUCACAAAAUCGAGGAAGAUGUUUACCUCAAUUGCUGCAAUUGGGCCAGCAGUAUUUAUUGUGGCUGCCUCGUACGCUGGUUGUAAUAGAUUCUUAGUUGUGGCGUUCUUUACAAUUGCCAUGGGUCUCAUGGGUACCUACUAUGCUGGCAUGAAGUUGAACCCUAUCGACUUGAGUCCCAAUUACUCAGGAACUUUGAUGGCCAUUACGAAUGGAAUUGGUUCUAUAACUGGAAUUAUAACACCAUAUCUUGUAGGAGUAAUGACACCCAAUACAACACUUCUUGAAUGGCGUCUAGUAUUCUGGGUGGCAUUUGUUGUAUUAGUAUCAACAUCGAUUGUCUAUAUGAUAUGGGCUUCAGGUGAAGUUCAAGACUUCAAUGAUUAUCGACCAGAAAAAGAUAUGGAAGAAGGUGGUCAAAAAAAGAACACCAAAUAAUAAUUUAAAACAUAAAAUUAUUUCAAUAAAAGCUCAUUAUCUUUAGUCUUCUCUUUUCCAGUUUAUUUGUAGGGUUCUUAUGAAUAAACAAAAAGAAAUUUGUAGCCUUAAAAUAAUUCAUAGUAAAACCACAGGUUGGAACUUAAAAAAAACACACACACAAUUAAGUAUAAAACGAAUUUAAAGCUUUCGACUGCAAUAUGCUUAUGCAUAUUUAUAUUAAUUAAAUUACUGUAUGAAAAUACCUUACUAUAUAAAUUUUUGUUAUUAUUAUAUUAACUUUGUUACAAAGUGUGAGUGUGUAGAGUUUUAGCAUUUGAUUACCUUUAGACUUUAACAAUAAGAUAUUAUUUAACUAAACAAAAAAAACAUAAAUUAUAAAUAUAAUGCUUGCCUUCUCAUGUUAUUAAAUAAAUAAAGAGAUUAAUUAAAAAAAAAUAAACAACACACCAAAUGUAAUAAAUCCUUUAAGGAGAAUUGCAACACCACCAUAAACAUGGAAGCGUUCAGUGCUUUAGUAUUGUAAUUUAUUUAUAAAUUUGUUUACCCUGAGGCUUCACAAGAGUAAAAUCCAAUCCAGCUUCUCUUCCGCAA